AUGUCUCCAUCUGAUAUACAGGAUUGGGAUCCAGCUAGCGAGGCUGUAGACCAGACCGCCUCCGCAACUGACGAUGCCCGUGAGACCACGCCAACAGACGACCAAGAUGGGACCAAGAAAAGGAACGUCGCCAAAGACACGGCAGCGGCCAAUGCUGAAUCCACGGAACGGCCUGCGAAGAAGAUGAAGAGAGGGAAAUACAUAUCUAGAGCUUGUACUUCCUGCCAGCAGCGCAAAAUCAAGGUUGGUGUUCAUGUCCUACCGCCCUCCUUCAAUGUCGAUAUGGACGGCGAUUCUGACGAGCCCUAUCUUACCAGUGCGAAGGAGGAGAUCCAUGCCGACAAUGCCUCGCGAAACAACUACCUUGCCAGCCCUCUGCUCCAAGGGGCGCACAGCAGGCCCGUCAAGACUUGA